AAAUUUAAUCCAGUCCGGGUUUUAUGUGACGCUUGUCAGUGUUGUGGAAAUCUAAUUCAGUCCGGGUUUUAUGUGACGCUCAUCAGUGUUGUGGAAAUCCGGUCCGGGUUUUAUGUGACGCUGAUCCGUUAUCCUCAGUGUUGUGGAAAUCCGGUCCGGGUUUUAUGUGACGCUAAUCCGUUAUCCUCAGUGUUGAGUAAUCCAGUCCGGGUUUUAUGUGACGCUAAUCCGUUAUCCUGUGUUGUGUAAUCCAGUCCGGUUUUAUGUGACGCGAAUCCGUUAUCCUCAGUGUUGAGUAAUCCAGUCCGGGUUUUAUGUGACGCUAAUCCGUGUUGUGUAAUCCAGUCCGGGUUUUAUGUGACGCUAAUCCGUUAUCCUUAGUGUUGUGUAAUCCAGUCCGGGUUUUAUGUGACGCUAAUCAUUGCUUGUUUAAUCCAGCCCGGGUUUUAUGUGACGCUAAUCCGUUAUCCUCAAUCUUGUGUAAUCCAGUCCGGGUUUUAUGUGACGCUAAUCCGUUAUCCUCAAUCUUGUGUAUUCCAGUCCGGGUUUUAUGUGACGCUAAUCAGUGUUGUGUAUACCAGUCCGGGUUUUACGUGACGCUAUUCCGUUAUCCUCAGUGUUCUAGAAUCCAGUCAGGGUUUUAUGUGACGCUAUUCCGUUAUCCUCAGUGUUCUAGAAUCCAGUCCGGGUUCUAUGUUUCUCCGAACAGAGGCGCGGUAGCAAAACAAAAGCGAGGCGUCCAUGAACAUACCGCGAGGUUAACAUUACUACAUUUCCUUUUUAAAAUCCGCCAAUAGCUUCAGCUAGUUUAUAACACAUAUAUAUAACUAUUCUAUCUGAAGGACGUGAGGAAAAAAACCCACAAUGACCUGAAGACCCGCCUGUAGUGACAGCGGAUUGGAAAAAGACUCUGUCGAUCUCAUGUUCGCCCUGAAUGCGCUCCGUUCUCGUGGGAACUUCGGCGCUCCCGUUUGUUAUUAGAGAACCAUGUACCGUGUCGGCGGAGAGCGGGACUUCCAGACGUCGGCUCGCCGCAUGGGUACGUCGCUGCUCUUCCAGCUGUCGGUGCACGAGAGAGAACUGGACCUGGUGUUCCUGGACCACAGCUAUGCCAAGCCCUGGAACGCCCACCCUGACGCCAGCAGUGCCCGGCCCACCCGCAUGCUGUUCGUCACCCCGCGCCGUCAGCAGGACUCUUCUGUGGAGUCUGAGAUGUCCAUCGAUGUUGAGACAGUCACUCCCACACCCAUGCCUCUCUACGACAACCACAAAGCCCGGAGCGUGAUGAACGAGUGCGAACGUCACGUCCUGUUCGCUCGGACCGUCGCCGACGGACCGCUGCCUCCAGACGACUGGGAAGAUCAUAUUAACAAGACUGGCUGGACAAUGGCUCAAAACAAGCUGUUUAAUAAAGUCUUGAAGGCGCUGCAGGCGGACAGACUGGCCAGGCUGGCUAAUGAAAGUGUGUGUAAUGAGCCCGUCCUGCGCAGGAUCGCGGUGGAUAAAUGUGCCCGUAAGGUUCGGCACGCGCUGGCCAGCGUGAACUGGGAUGCUAAGCUAACUCAGUGGCUACACAACACCCUGGUGGAGUCUCUGAGCCUGGCCCUGCUGGCCGCCUACCUGGACGUCCUGCAGACCCUGAAGAGCAAGGUUCCUUCUCUGAUCGAGCGGAUGCUGCCGGCGUCGUCCACUAAAUCGGGUGCGGCGGGGGCCGAGGCGCUGUCUCUGCUCCUGAAGCGCCCCUGGGAUCCGGCCGUGGGCGUGCUGUCCCAGAACAAACCGAGUAAACUUCCUGGUUCGCCUCUGAUCCUGAUUUGUCCAUCAGGACCGACCGUGCCCACCUUCUCUACCUCCCGCAGAAUGAGGUUCUGGCAAUCACAGCUCUCCUGUUUAGGCAAGGUCGUUCCCAUAAGCACUCACGUGGGCAGCGGCGCUAACAUCGGCAUCAGUCAGUGCCUGGAGCACCUGAUCGGCACCGUCCGGGGGAAAGUCAUCGAGGUUCACAGUCACUUCCCUCACAAGCCCAUCAUCCUGGUGGGCUGGAACGUGGGUGCGCUGAUCGCUUGCCAUGUGUCUCUCAUGGAGCAUGUGACGGCAGUCGUGUGUCUGGGGUUCCCUCUGCAAACAGUCAGCGGACCCAGAGGGGACGUGGACGACCCGUUGUUGGACAUGAAGACCCCUGUGCUGUUCGUGGUGGGCCAGAACGCGCUGCAGUGCGGCGCAGAGAACAUGGAGGAGUUCAGGGAGAAGAUCCGAGCAGACAACAGCAUGGUGGUCGUAGGAGGGGCUGAUGACAACCUCAGAAUCGGCUCCUCCAAGAUGAAAGCCGAAGGCCUGACGCAGACGAUGGUGGAUCGCUGCAUUCAGGAUGAGAUCGUGGACUUCCUGACGGGAAUUUUGAUGCGAGCAGAAAGUCCCAGUCUCACCUCGGGGGAAACACGGGAUCUGGACGCCGAGAAGAAAAAGAAACCACGGCGCGAGUUGCCCUUUGAGACAGAGAGGUCGCGACCGUCAUCACCAGCCAUCAGGGUUCCCAUCUCCCCCUCGGGAUCAGAGGACAUGUCCAGUGUGUGCAGCAGUCCCACAGCUAGUCCCAAACCCAAGACCAGCACUCUGUCUCCGGCCCAGAAGUCGAGCCUCAUCACCGCCACCCAGCUCCUCAAAACACACAUGCAGCGAUCCGGAACCGUGCUCACACACAAACAAGCCCAAGCUCAGUUCGCUGCCUUUAUGAAACAGAACAUGCUGGUGAGGAAGAGUGUUCCUCCUGGCAGCCCCUCCUGUCUGUUUGUGCCCGUGUCCGGCGAACAGGUGGAAAGUUUGGACCAGAACGAACAGCGGCUCCAUUUGAAAAGGAGGCAGACGCCAAGUCCGACGAUCCCUUCGAAACCGUCCAAACGGGCCAAGAUCAAAGUCACCAUCGUCUCCCACGGUGACGCAGCCGGUGCCAUGGUGCCUUCCGGCAUGCAGGAAGGAGCGUCUGGAAAGCCUCUUACGGUCACCAUGGGCCAAACUGUAUCAGGUGCCAAAGAUCUUUCCGGGCUGUUGACGGCACAAAGGUCUGGAGCUUUGACUGAUGUCUCUGGAGGGCUCGGCUCGGGCGGAGCUUCCUUUCACAGCCUGCAAGGCGGAGUCAUUUCUGGCUCUUCUUCCACCCCAGUACAGGUCCAGACAUCUGCACAAGCUACCUCUGCCAGUAGCCUGCUGCAGGGCCUGAGCUUCAGCCUGCAGGAGAUCAGCUCCAAGUCCCCGGUUCUACCCUCCAGCACACAGGCUUCAGUAGGGAAGGCUCAGACUCAUGGGCAGAUGUUAACCUCACUCAGUCCAGCAGGUGGCACUCUGGUGCGUGCCGUUCCUGUCGUCUCCACAGGCUCUGGAGUGACCAAAAGCACAGCCAUCCAUCAGCUCCUCACCAACGGAGGCCUGGCCAAGCUGGCCAAUAGCCUGCCAGGACUGGCCCACGUAGCCAAUCAGAGCGCGGGUACGUCCUUAUCGACACCGCGCUCCACCAAACAGAGGCGACCACGCUGAGUAGGGUUCAGGGAAAUGUUACCAUGACUACCGGCUGUAGCCCAGCUUAGCAAAGCGACCAGCAACCGUCAAGCAGUGAAAAGAAAAAAAAAAGUGCUUACUGAUCGUGUAAAGUGUUUUUAAAAUCAGCGAUACUUUCCCGAGAAAAUAAGAUGUAUAAAUCCACGCUUGUAUAUAUGUACCAUAAGGGAAGAUCACUUGGGUUAUAGAAGAGCAACAUGUAGGAUAGAUCACACAAAAACGACGCCAACGCUGUUUAGAUUCACAAAUAGAGGUUGGAAGAACUACAUUACAGGUGAUGUUGUAGUUCUCAUGUCACCAGCUGUUUUUGUCUGUUUCUGCAUUCUCAUUAUGUUCAUGGUCUCAUUUGUUUACCCAUUAUUUUUAUUUUUUGCUGUUAUUUGGUGCAACACACGUACUGUCUGACAUACACUCACAAAUGCAUUCAUUAAACGAAACCAACAAACCA